CGACAGAGUUAAAGGCAUCACCGAUUACAGUUUCGCUACAGGAAAAAGAAAACGACUGAGACAAAGUCAACAUCCAAGUUGCAAUUACCGAAUCGAGUUCUUCUCUCUGUCUCGUUGAUCGGCGAAGCUGAUAAAAUCACAAGUGCAUGCAGAAUCUGAUUCCAACACCUGUGCUCUUCCCUCCCUCUCUGUUCUUGUAAUUUCUCGACACCAAGCAAACACAUCGCUCUCGCUGUCUCUCUCUCUCAUCGCAUAUAUAAAGGGGGCAAAUGGGUUCAUUGUUCACCAAGAGUAUCAGCGAGGAACAGCUCGAAACGGCGCUCACCAAGGUCAAAACCAUCGUCAACUCCAACCCAGUUGUGGUUUUCAGUAAAACUUACUGUGGUUAUUGCAAGAGGGUGAAGCAGCUGCUCACUCAGCUUGGAGCAACUUUCAAGGUCAUUGAAUUGGAUGAGGGAAUUGAUGGAGGUGAAAUGCAAGCAGCUCUAGCGCAGUGGACUGGGCAAACGACUGUACCUAACGUGUUUAUCGGGGGAAAACAUGUCGGUGGUUGUGACUCUGUUAUGGAGAAGCACAAUGCAGGUCAGCUUGUGCCCCUUCUCACUGAAGCCGGUGCCCUUGCCUCCAAGUAACGACUUUGUCCCGCGAAUGAAGAGGUGAAACUAAACAUACCCAUAUUCCUACAUCUGGGUUGAAGAAACAGACCUACGUGAACAAUGUAAUAAUAGUUUGAUGAAAAUAAUGUAGCUACUUGAAUCAUUGUGCUUAAGAAGUCUUCGUUUUUCUGCCAA